AUGGCGGAGUCGCGCUGGAGCUCGGGUGCGAGCGCUGCCGUUUAUCGCUCCCGCGACCCCGUGCGCAACCUGCGCCUCCGGGUCCGCAUCCAGCGCGUCACGUCAGCGGGACCCCUCCUGCCUCAGGCCCCGCUGCUGCUCGCCGGCCCGCGCCGCUCCGAGCUCCUGGGGCUGACCGAGCGGGCCCGGCGGCCCUCGGGCGAGGUGGAAGAGGAGGCCGAGGUGGGGUGGCAGGAGAAGCUUUUCAGCCAGUUUGAGGUAGAUCUGUACCAAAAUGCAUCAGCCUGCCAGACUCCCCUGGACCGGCAGUACCAUGAGGACAUCCUGAAACUGGAGAAGGCAGGAGGUCGGAAGAACUGUCGCAUCUUCACCUACACCGAUCAUGACCGAUUCACCAACCUGGAGGAGCAUUGCCAGAAGUUAACUGACUCAGAUCACGAGGUGCCAUCAUACCUGGCAGAGAGGAUGGCCAAUGUGAGGAGGAGAAGACAAGACCGUAAGCCAAUAGAAACCAGUUCUCUGAAGUCAAAAAUCAUCACCUGGGAACCCUCAGAAGAGUUUAUAAAGAACAAUCAUGUAAUUAACACUCCUGUCCAGACCAUGUACAUCAUGGGGGACUUGGGACCUUACGGGAAGCUUGGUCAGAGGGAGUAUGAACGUGUUCUUUGUACCAUCAAGGUGGACAGCAAUGGGGUGAUCAUAGUGAAGCCUGACUUUACUGGCACCAAAGGACCCUACCGGAUUGAGGUGGAUGGAGAGAAGCGAGAGGUGUGGAAAUACACCAUAGAGAAUGUGUCUGUGCAAAUGCGGCCGGAGGAGGCGGAGCGCGAGCAGCGGAUGUUGAGAGAUCUCUACAGUCGGCACAAGAAGUACCUCAGUGGUCUUGUAGGCACAGAGUUUGAAAUGACUCUGCCUGGCACACUGCGGCUCUUAGUGAAUGGAGAAAUUGUUUCAGCUCAAGGCUAUGAGUAUGACAACCUCUAUGUUCAUUUCUUCGUGGAGCUGCCUGACAAGUGGUCAAGCCCUGCAUUCCAGCAGCUCUCAGGAGUGACACAGACCUGUGCCACCAAGGCUGUGGGCUGGGAGAAUGUGGCAUAUUUCUGCUACCUCUUCACUUUGGAGAUGUUUUUCACCCAAGGAGAUGAAUCAGAAGACAGUCUCCCUACAUGGCCUGUGCUCUACUUUGAGGUCCUGUCCCUGGAUUCCUGGCAGAGGUACCGUGUUGAAGGAUAUGGUUCUCUGGUGCUGCCAGCAUCUCCAGGUGUCCAUGUGCUCACCAUCUCUACCUGGCGCCCUGUGGAGCUGGGAACCGUGGCUGAGCUCAGAAGGUUUUUCAUUGGUGGAUCUCCUGAGCUGGAGGACCUAACCUACGUCAGGAUACCCUCGACCUUCAAGGGGAAGCGUCUGAGCCGCCUUGGGUUCCGCACGGAGACGACAGGGAGCGUCACCUUCCGCCUGUACUGCCUGCAGCAGUCCAAAGCCUUUCUGGAAACCAGUGCCCUGAGGCAGCGCAUGCAGAGUGUACUGGACCGGCUUGGAGGCUUCAGCCAGCAGAGCUCUGUCUACAAUGUUUUGGAGGCCUUCCAGAGGGCACGGCGCCGGAUGCAGGAGGCAUGCAAGAGCCUUCCUUAA